AUGACGGACAAAUCUGGAAUUGAAAGGGAGGGCAACGACGGACAGAACCUAGAGAAGACAAACAAUAUCGAAGAAAGCAGGAUGCUUGCUAUUGAAACAUCGAAGAAGUGGCGUGUUCGAGUCUCUCUUGAUUCAUCAAUAAUUGUUGCUAUGAAUGGGUUACUGAGAGAAGUGCAUGUAGAACGAAUUACAAUAACACCAUUUCGUUGGUGUUUGCGUCUUCGUAAGGCUCUGGAGAUUAACUGUGAAUUAUUGAAGGUCAUGUUAUGUCGCUGGGCUGGGCAUGAUAUAAGCUUUAGGAUAAUGUCCGGAAAGAUCGCCAGCGUAGUCGGUCUUAGUGGGAAUGUGGCUGUUUUGCAGGCUUGGGCUGUUGAGAGGCUUUCUUUGGACGGUAAUCCAAGUCAUAGGAGGUUUCCUCGCAUGUUGCGUUGGUUCUCCUAUAAAACAAGAUAUUAUGAAAAAAUUGAAGAAUUGUUUAUGACUGGAGAUGUUAACUUGGAGUGGUAUAUUCGGCUUCGUGAUCGUCAAAUGCCUGAAAUUAUUGCGGCUUUUGAUAUGUUUGAAGGAGGAACAGAUUUAGGAACACAACCGAAACGAGCGAGACCUGANGAGUUAGAUGACGAUACCUCGGAUGACGGGACNUUUGAAGCAAAUUUGGAUGAGAGAUUGAAGAAAAAUACUAAAGAAUUGAUAGCCUUGAAUUCAAGGCUUGCUUCUUUGACGAAGGAGUUAUUUGAAAUACGUCAAAGGCAAAAUUUUAAGGAAGAUGUUUGUAAUGAAGAAUUUGUUGGUGGAUGUGAUGAAGAAGCAAUGGGUGGAGUUCCUGAAGAAGUCUUGGAUGAAGAAGUUGUUGGUGGAGGUGAUGAAGAACGAAUGGGUGGAGUUGCCGAAGAAGUCUUAAAUGAAGAAGGGGUUGUUGGAGGUAAUGAUGAAGUUUUUGGUGGCAGAUUGCAAGGAGACCUCACAUCUGCCUUCGAUGAAGAAGUUGUACGGGAUGUAGGAGGUGGAAAUCAUGUUCUUGACCUUAUUGAAAUUAAUGAUGAUGGACAAGUGGAGGCACCAAAAGCAUUGGUUGUUGCCCCUCUGCGCAGUAUUGUUGGUGAUCCUAGGUCUACCAUUAAUAUUGACCAACUGUACGUCGCUAUCAGCGUUAGAGAUAGAGCGUAUAGGUUAGUAAAUUUUAUUUUGGUUUUAUAUAGUUUUAUGGCCAUAUCUUACAAUUAA